UUUGGUUUCUAUACUCCGAGCUCCUCGUUUCCGUUCGCGAUGGCGCAGGGCAAGCUGAAGUUUAAGGCGCAGCGACCCGGAGGAGCCAGAAAACAGCAGCACAGACCCAAAGGACUGAAGAAAGGAGGGAGGAUCAUCGCACCCAAGAAAGCAAAAGUUGUUCAGCAGCAGAAGCUAAAGAAGGACCUGGAUGUGGCCAUCAGGAAUAAAAUCGAACAAGAGAUCACUCAGAAGGCCAGCACCUCCUUACACAAGAAACUGAGCGUGCUUAAGACUCCGCCAGCAAAAGAGGGUGCAGGAGGACCCCCGAAACCCAGCACAGCUGCUGGACCCUCCAAAUAACACCCUACUAUAUGCACAUACACAAUUUCUCAGAAUGUAACAAACAUAGUGGACUUUAAGCUGGUUCAGUGCCCUGUAAUUUAAUCUGUGGCCACUAGGUGGCUGCAGUGGCUAAAGCAUGAAUAGACAUUGGCGUAAAGGAGAACUGAACUGACAGACUGAAGAAACCUGUUCACGUCAGUUAAAAGGGAAACUCCACUGAUUUUCGAAAUUUCUGCAUUGUUUAGUGGUUGAAAUUUGAAAUGGUUAAUUGUAGAGAAACUUACAGACUCAGAUGUCUUUACAGUGGUGGUGAUAGGAACCAGGGGUCAAGAUGUCUACAACGCAAAUAUAUUAAUUUCAUUUCUCCAAAAUGGUAACUUUACGAGAGAAGCAAAAAAUCUACUUAAGUUAGAAUGCAAGUUAAUGUUAAAAUAUUUUGAACAAGUACUUUUGGACAACUGCUGUUGGUCCGUUCAUCGUGAAAUUUGAACACGAUGCCAGUUAUGCAAAAAACAGAUGGACAUAUAAGGGUUUUGUGUGACAGCAGUGAUUUACUAGCUAAAACCACCAGUGAGUUCUUGUAUGUAAUGUUGUUGAUGGUACAGCAGUGGUAAAUAUGAAAUGUGCUUUCUUUUUGUGCUGUUUUCGCCUCUCUGCCCUGAAACAAUAUCAAAACAUUCUUACAAAAUAAUGUCCCUUGGCGUAUUUAUAACUAUUUCAUGUAAUAACUUUCUGUGAGGGAGCUUUUAGCGCCGUUAAUUGCUUCAGAUGUCUGGUUCCUAUCACCACCACAGUGAACAGAAUUUUUGAAAAAUUGAAGUUUCCCUUCAGUAGGAAUACCCUGGUGUUUUUUAACCUAACCUGUUUCUGCCAUGUCUCUAUCGCAUUGUCGAUUACCACAGACAGCAAUACUGAUGUGCAUCACUGAGCUUAGAAAAGAACAGACUGUACAUUCACUCAGAAGACAUUAAUAAUAGAAUCCAGUGGGCAGUGGGCUGAAUAAUAAACAUUUAAUGUCAUUUAAAGUUUAUAAAUAUGUGAAGGCUCUUCAUGUGUCUCAGGGGAAGCUCGUGGCAGCCUAGUGAGUGGGCCAAGACUAAAUUAGGGGAAUUAUUGAAAAACAUUUUUGACUGAUAUCAGACAUUUCUGUGGUCUUUUCGAGCAAAAAAGGCUUCUCAAGACCCAGAUUUAAAUCAAAUGAUGCAGGCCUUGAAUAAUUCACCAUGGGUUUAAUAUCUUGCAAGGAAUAUUUUGAUAAUGCACUGCGUUAUAAUCAUAUAAUGAAUCUGUCUAAAUCUAGAAGAAUCAGUGCAGCCAUACAGUCUGGUUGAAAGCGGCUGGACGGAUGCGAGUUUUCAGUUCAGUGAACUGUGGCUGUCCUGUUUAUACAUCCUCCGCACUGCUGAAAGACAAUCUGCUUGUAUGAUUUUUGGAAUAAACGUUGCCCACUGGAACAUA